AUGAUGUCUACAAAUUAUGAGCUUGGGAACGUGAACCAUGGAGGGUCUUGGUGUUUGACUUUUUUUUGUACGGCUUGUAUCCUCGUCGGUUACGACGCUGCUGGACAUGUGGCCGAGGAAACAAAGAACGCCAGUCAAACUGCCGCCCGAGGGCCGUUUUACUCUGCUCUUUCUAAUAGUAUUGUAAGUGCCGGUAUAGUGGUCGUUUUCCUGUAUUGCCUCCCGCCAAGCCAAACCUUGUAUCCUCUAAUGAAAACAAACGAGCAUCAACCAUUCGUACGCUUCUAUGCUUUUGCAUAG